AUGAAUCAACUCUUCCACAACCUUGUGUCCUCGACCUACGGGCGGAUCGGACUUGUGUCUAGCGUGUUCCUCACGCUAUACGUACUUUACGUCUCCAUCUAUCGUCUCUACUUCCAUCCUCUGCGGAGCGUUCCAGGUCCUAGACUUGCUGCUUUGACGCAAUGGGUCGAGACGUACUAUGAGUGCUUCAAGGCGCCCGGUGGUCAAUUCAUGUGGGAAUACCAGAAAUGGCAUGAGAAAUACGGGCCUAUCGUGCGUGUUAGUCCAAAUGAAGUACACAUCCAAGAUCCCACCUUCUACGAUACCCUGUAUGCGCAGUCUCGUCACUCGGACAAGCUCAAGCAUCUCGAGCACCGCUUCAACAAUGAGAUGUCCUCAUUCGCUACUGCUGAGCACAGUCUUCAUCGUCUGCGUCGUAGCGCGCUCAACCCCUUCUUCUCUAAACGUAAGAUUACUCAGUACUCGCCUCACGUCCAGAGUCAUAUGGAUCGUCUCUGCAAUCGCAUUGAUUCCGAAUUCGUCGCCAACGGGAGGACAAUGAACCUGAAUAAUAUGUGGGGCGCCUUCACCUCGGACAUCGUCGUCGGAUACUGUCUCGAGAAGCCGUAUGACUUCAUCCUGAACCCAGACUUUCGCGCCCAAUUCUCUGACGCCAUGGUUGAUCUCCUCGACCCUGUUCACUUCAUCACACAAUUCCCAUGGAUGAUCAGAUCCCUGAAGCUGCUCCCAGACUGGCUCGUCGUGCUCCUGUCGCCGCCAAUGCGCUCUGUCAUGACCUUCAACAAAGAGAUGGAGACGCAAAUUCAGCACGCCAAAGCCGUACACGCCUCUGGGGAAAAGACGAUGGCCAUCCCAUCUCUUUUCACAGCUCUCCUCGAGUCCGACCUCCCACCUAGCGAACUCUCCACCAAACGCCUGCAGCACGAAGCCAUCUCCGUCAUCGGCGCGGGCAUCGAAACAACAAUGUACACGCUGUCGACAUGCUCGUACCACCUGCUCGCCAAUCCCCAGACGCUGGCCAAGCUGUGCACUGAACUCAACGCAGCGAUUCCAGAUCCAAAUCACAUCCCGAAUCUUGACGCGUUGAUGCAGUUGCCGUACUUAACUGGCGUGGUCAACGAAGCCCUGCGAUUCGGCUACGGCACUCCUCAGCGCAUCCCUCGCCUCUCACCAACACCCAUAGUCUACCACACCCCCGAAGUAGACUACCAGCUCCCUGUAGGCACUAUCGUGAGCAUGGACCAUUACACCGCCUCUCAUGAUCCAAGUAUUUUCCCCGAUCCUUUCGCGUUCAUACCGGAGCGUUGGGCAAAUGAUGCAAAGGCACCAGAUGGAAAGGCGCUAACCAAGUACCUGAUUGCAUUUGGACGUGGAACGCGAAGCUGUGUGGGCAUGCAGCUUGCGUAUGCGGAUUUGUACAUUGGCAUUGCGAGUUUCUUUCGGAGGUUUGAGUGCGCGCUGUUUGAGACUGGGCGCGAUGCUGUCGAUUUGUACCUUGAUAGCUUUGUUCCGCGCGCGAAGCCGGGGACGCAGGGAGUGAGGGUUGUUGUUCAGAGGAAGCGAUAG